CGUAGUUAUCAUGGCGGCGCAACCUGUGCGUGGUCUCGUGAAAUUCAUCACGGAGUUGAACGCCUGUUCGUCUAGUCAUGAUUUUGACCAUCGUGUACGGGAGGAGAUAACAAAGAUUCGCUCUCGUUUUGAGGAGCAUGGGCUUAGUGGCUAUGAAAAGAAGAAGUGUUUGUUAAAGUUAUUAUAUAUCCAUAUGCUUGGUCACGAGAUUGAUUUUGGAUAUGUGGAAUCCGUUCAACUGAUGGCCUCUUCUUCCUAUCAGGAGAAAAGUGCUGGUUACAUGGGUUAUGAUAUAUUAGUGAUUAACCAUGACGAUUUCCGUACGUUGGGUAUUAAUACUGUGUCGGAUGAUUUGCGUAGCUCCAAUUUCUAUGUGCAAGCUCUUGCGUUGAAUCACAUCGCCAAUAGCUGGUGUCCUGUUUUACGUGCAUCCCUUUAUGACGAUGUUCUUCAUAAGCUGUUGUUGCAACCGUUUGAGUCUCCUAGGUUACGUAAAAAGGUAUAUAUGUGUGUUUUACAGUUUUUACGUAUGGACCGAUCCUCAUUUCCACUGCACGACUGGAAGCGUAAAAUGCAUGACCUUCUUUCUCGUGAAGGAGACUUUGGCUGCUUGAUGGCACUUAUAAAUUUAUUACUGGAGUUUAUAAAAAUCCAAUGUGAUGUUUGGGAUCAUUGUAUUCCUCUCGUUUUAGAGUCAUUUAUGCGCCUUUUAUCUGGUAGUGCUGCAGCUGAGACAUAUCAUUCAUUGACAUCGCCAUGGUUGAUGCAGAAGCUUUUAACAGUCCUUGUAAUGAUAAAGCCAAGUUCUGAAGCGCGUUAUUUGCAAACACUAAUUCAUGUUUUAAACCGCCUGGUUGACAAUUUGCGCGCCUUGGACGUGCCUCCACAUUCCCGUGGCACAGCGAAUGACAAGGAAUUUGACGCUAAGUUGAUAUGGUUACUUCGCGUAUCAAUAUCAAUGGAGGCAGUUCGUGUAAUUGUUCAUUGGAUUCCUUUUAUGCCUACAUUUUCUAUGACUGCCGUUCUGGAUUUCAUGUCACGUCUUUUAUCCUCCCGUUCAUCCCACGUAUGUAUAAUAGCUGUUGAGAUGGCGGAGUUCAUGUUAGCAAAUGAUACUUUUCUACCAAUGUUAAAGACUAUGUUGGCUCAAUUUCUACGUCUGCUAACAUCCAAUGACCCUACGGUGCGGUGCAGGGCCGUCUAUGUUAUAUCUAAGUUGUGUGACGAAUCUAAUUGGGGAACUGUGGUUCCUGACUUUUUAGCUGUUUUGCGAAGUUCUGACAUGCCUACACAAAGAGUUAUAGCACCCCUUAUACUGGAUGCUGUCAGUCGUUCUAUCCCACCAGGUCCUCUAUAUGUCGACUUUGUAUUUAAAGUGGUUCAGUUUACAAAUGAAUACAGCGCGUUACAAACUGUGCCGCUAGUUUUGGAUUUUAAAUCACCCAUGAUGGGUGAGUUGAUAGCUACCAAGUGCGUUAACAUGCUGAGUGAAUUACCUGUUAAUGAUGCCCUUGUGCAUAUAUGCGCAUUGAUGCUCGAUGAAUACGGUCAUUUAAUCGAAAGUAAGCAAUCAACAAAGGAACAGGCAACAUUGUUACAACGCUACUAUGUGCUCGGUAACAGCGAUACCAAAGCUGUGGUUUUGGUCACACUGGCCAAGUUUGCAUCGCGUGAUAGCGCAUUACGUCCUCUUGUAGAGCGUUUUGUGGAAUCUCAGAUUAAUAGUGAAGAUCAUAUAGUGCAAUCAACGGCAUGUGAACUUUUACGUUUGAUGUUGUUAGGCAAUUCUCUGUUUGAUCACGUGGUUAAUGGCAAACAAGGUCCAGAAGGCAGUAUUAUAGAACCAUAUCACUCUACAGAUGGCCACAAUAAAUUUGAUGGGUUGGAAUCAUAUCGCAUUGAUGAUCGCAGGAGGCAGUACAAGGACCAACCUUCCUCUAGCUUUGCUUCAUCGGGUACUAAUGCUACGGAGCUUACUUCGUCGUCCUAUUCGUCCUCUAGUUCCCUCACGUCAUCUGACGUCUCUUCUCUGAGCGUCUAGAAUGGCAAGCAUUAUGCAGA